AUGACGGAGUUUCCUCGGCUUAUCGCUCGUGUUGAUGUGGAAGGGCGUUCUGCCAUUUCGCCGUCCCUCGAGAAAACUGAAGCACUUGGAGACGAGCAGGCGUCGGGAUUUGGCAACGGCAGCGUCGUCGGGAAGUUAAGAGUAUCAUCACAGAUAAGCAAUGGCCCAAUAAUACUGAAUGUGGAUUGUGACAUGUACUCAAACAACUUACAAUCAAUCAAAGAUGCAUUGUGCUUCUUUUUUGAUGAAGAGAAGGGACAUGAAACUGGCUUUGUGCAAUACCCUCAAAAUUAUGACAACAUCACCAAGAAUGAUUUAUAUGAUAAUUCCCUCAAAGUUAUCAACAAGGCAGAACAUCCUGGAUUGGAUAGUUGGGAAGGAACACUAUAUAUUGGGACAGGGUGUUUCCAUAGAAGAGAAGCUCUUCAAGGGAGGAAAUACAGCAAAGGUUACAUUGAAGAUUGGAAAAGAGGAGUUGAUAGAAAAAGUGUGGAUAGUGCUAGUGUUUUGGAAGAAAAAGUAAAACAUCUUGCUAGUUGUACCUAUGAGUUCAACACUUUAUGGGGCAAAGAGAUUGGUUUGAGGUAUGGGUGUGCAGUGGAGGAUAUUUUAACAGGGUUGGCCAUGCACUACAAUGGAUGGAAGUCCAAAUUCUUAGACCCUGAAAGAAAGGCCUUUUUAGGAGUAGGUCCCAAUGAACAAACUCUAAUCCAAUUCAAGAGAUGGAGUGAAGGCAACUUUCAGAUACUCCUGUCAAAGAACAGUCCUCUUUUAUUUGGUUACCAAAAAAUCAAGUUUGGUGCUUGCAUGGGCUACUCCAUCUAUGGCCUUUGGGCUGUUAACUCAUUCCCAACUCUUACAUACCUUCUCAUACCUCCUCUUUUCCUUCUCAAUUGCAUCUCCUUAUUCCCAAAGGUAUCAUCUCCAUGGUUCAUACCAUUUGUUCUUGUGUUCAUUACUAAGCAUGUAUACAGCCUAAUUGAGUCACUAUACUCUGGUAAUACUUUCAAAGGGUGGUGGAAUGCACAAAGGAUGUGGGUCAUGAAAAGAAUAACAUCAUUCCUCUAUGCCUUAAUUGACAACAUCUUGAAGCUCUUUGGUGCAUCUAAAUUAGCAUUCACCAUCACAGCCAAGGUCAGUGAUGAAGAUUCCUCGAAACGUCUUGAGAAUGAUACUGACUGAAGGUUAUGUUGAUGGUGCAUUGUUGAUUCAAGUGGUGCUCUGUGGAUUAGUA